AUGAAACCACCAUUGUUUCACGGAGGAUUGGAUCCACUGAAGACUGAAGCAUGGCUCCUUGGAAUAGAGAAAUUGUUUGAGGUGUUUCCAUGUCUAGAAACAGAGAAAGUAUUGCUAGCCACCUUUACACUGGAAGAUAAAGCGAGAAUGUGGUGGAUGUUGAUGUGUGAGAAUCAUAAAGAUAUUGGUUGGGCAUGGUUUUUGGAAAUUUUCUACGACAAAUACUUCCCACAAUGUGUCCGUGACAGAAAAGUGUUGGAGUUCAUGGAACUUAAGCAAAAUAGCAUGACAAUAAUAGAGUACAAGGCAAAGUUUACUGAGUUGGCUAGAUUUGCACCACACAUGGUUGAUACCGACUAUAAGAAAGCGAGAAAAUUUGAAGGUGGUCUUCGCGAUGAUAUUUUGGAGAAGGUAAAUGUACUAAAGCUCGAAACCUAUGUUGAUGUACUAGAUCAGGCCAUAAUAUUAGAAGCUAACAUAGCCAGGCAGAGUAAACCAUCAACUGAUUGGAAAAGAACAAGGCAGGGCUUCUUUCCAAAGAAAAGACUUGCAAAGAAACAGAAUAUGGGCUCCCCAAGCACUUCAAAUUGUUCCAGAGAUACGUCUCCAAUGUGUAGCCAAUGUGGUAAAAGGCAUCACGGGGUUUGCUAUCGUGUUUCAAGGGUCUGCUUUAAAUGUGGUAAAACAGGACAUACGGCCAGGGAUUGUAAUCAAAACAAUGGGAAAUUAGCUACUAGCUUAACUGGAUCGAUCCUGAAACUGGGAAACAUUUUGGGGCCUACUACUACUAGAGACACCAUGAGAUUAGCCACUAUAUAUGUUGAUGAGAUUGUUCGUUUACAUGGAGCUCCGGAAUCUAUUGUAUUGGAUAGAGAUCCGAAAUUUGUAUCUAGAUUGUGGAAAAGCCUGCAAAGAACAAUGGAAACAGAAUUGAGAUUCAGUACCGCGUUCCAUCCACAAACAGACGGGUAA